AUGAUGCAACAGUCGUGGUUCAUUCUUUGCCUCAUCAUUGGGAUUGUGACGUGUGCUGAUGAUGGGCAGGGCAGGAAAUUGUCGCGAAGGAAGCGCUAUUUGUCAUUUCCGGAAGGAAGUUCCUUGCAAGUGAUUUACGAUCAGACGAUUCCUAUCGUUGCUCUGCCUCUGGUUUUCACAGUAGGAGUAACUGUUGCCAUUGCCUAUGAAUUGCCGUCGAAACCCUUGAGCGAAUUAGAAGCGGACUUUGUUAAUAAAUUCGACGUUCUCAAGAGUGACAAGAAGGCUGAUAACACUUCAAAAGUGGAUAAUAUAAAUCAUAUUUCCUAUAUUUCAUCUGCCGAUUGGAAAAAUCGUUUCAAGUUUGCCAACAAGCACGAUCUCUACUACAAUGACGAUCCGAAGAUCGCCUCUCGAGUGCAGUAUGAAAAAAUCCAAAGGAAGAAAGAUCCGCCCCAGAUUUACUAUGAGAACAACAGGCCAAAUCCGUGGAUUGAGAGUGAUAGAUUCCAGCAUUACUUCAAGGGCAAUGAGGACAAUAAGUUCAGUUAUGUGAAGAAGCUCGCCAGUAAAUAUACUCCGAAAGUGCCAAAGAGGAAAGACAGUGCGAUCAAUAGGAGUUUCAAGAAGGCGCUACACCGCAAACACAUGAUACAGCCUGUUUUUGGCAAGAGAAGCGCUGAGGAUGUCGACGAUGAGGAGGCGCAACUGCACAAAAUGUACCACAUUUCAACACGCCAUCGACUGUAUGGCAAUAUUGAGCGAUAUCUCGAAGACAAAGGAUUAUCUGGCAGAGAAUGCGUUCUCAAGUCCCUCUGUGAGACGCGAAAUAACAAGGAUUUGCCAAAUACCUUCAUGGGCGCCAUUCUGAAGAGUAUCUUUCGACUCCCAAAGCUCGACUUGGCGGGUGAGAACGACAUCAGCGAGUACAUGAGAGCUCAUCAUGAGGUUGACGACUGCAGAGAGACGUACUCGAUGUGCAAGAGCAACUUCUGGACUUCGGAGUUUGUUAAAUAAACCACUUAUAUAUAACAAUGUUGUCCAUAACUCUUACCGAGCACUGAACUAAAUUUAUAUUCAAUAUUGACUUAAAACAUUUUCACACCACCCGAAAUAUAAUUUAAAAGGCGGAACAGAGAUUUCCAAGGGAUCACUCAAUGUUGUGACACUGAGGGAAUUCAGUACAUAAAUAUAUAGUUUA